AUGAGCACACAGUGGCUUUUGUCUCUGGCUGUUUUGCUUUGUAUUUUUCCCAGUGGGAUCUAUGGGCAGGACAGCCGUGUGAAGCUGUGUGGUCGUGAGUUUAUCCGAAUGGUAGUUACAUCGUGCGGCAGCUCAAGAUCAAAGCGCUUUACACCAGAGUUAGAUGAGCAACAUGUCAAACCCAUUGGAAUGGUUUUGGAAUGGCUUAUGGGGGACCAAUUCAGCUACCAGAGAGGCUUGGUCACCAAUGAAAUAUCACAGAGACAAAGCAGAGAUCCAGAGUCUUCAGGGAUGGUUAGAGACUUUCCAUCCUCCACAGAACAUGCCAGAUCAUCAUCAAAGGUCAAAAAGGAAACCAGAGAUGUAAAGGACUCAAGAUCUCCUGCAAAUUUGCAUGCUAUAUUUACUGAAACACAACAUGAUGCGGGUCCAGCUGGGGUAUGCUGUAGAUCUGGAUGUACAAUGAGUGAGCUGGUGCAGUACUGCUGA